AUGACAGGUCCAUCCAGCAUACAAGAUGAAUAUGACAUCGUCAGUCACGAAGAAACCGCGUUGAGCCCCGAAGACUUGGAAGAAAUACGAAACUGGCUUAAGCCCACCGACUACCUGGCCGAAUCUGGUGAAUUCCGCCGUCAUCUCUCAUCCCAAGCUCCCGGAACCGGGCUUUGGAUUUGCGAGACUGAUGAGUAUAAGAAAUGGCAUGACUCUUCAGAGCAUGGCAGCCUUUGGAUAAAGGGAGUCGCUGGCGCAGGGAAAAGCGUCAUAGCGGCUUCGGUUGUUAAUCAUUUGCGCACAUCUGAGGACUGUCCUGUCCUCUUCAUGUUUUUCCGAAAUAUCGUCGCAGCCAAUUUCUCACCGCGUGCUCUUAUUCAAGAUUGGCUUACCCAGCUUCUGCCCUAUUCUCCUAGGCUACAGUUUUCUCUCCAGUCACAUAUAAAGACAAGCUUGAUAGAGACUUCGGACAGUGAACUCUUUCAGCUUUUUCUUGAUGGAUUAUCAUCUGUCCCAAAAUGUUUCUGUAUUGCUGACGCCCUGGACGAGAUGGACGAGAUGACCCCUGGAAACAGGCCGCUUCUAGAUAGGCUUAAUAGCUUGGCUACCUAUCGUCCUCAUUCCUUGAAACUGCUCAUCACCAAUGCCGAUAUAGCAGCAUAUCUACAUCAUCGAUUUGAUAAGUUUCCUAAAACCGACAAUGCACAAGAAAUUAAACAGAAGGUCAUUGACAUGCUUACGAUGGACCAAGUGGAAGCUGUUUUUCUCGCAGAGGGCCCAGUAGAUAUAUCUACUCUAGAAGAAACACUCCCCGUGGGACUGGAACAGACAUACACAAGCCUUCUAGCGAAGCAGCGCGAAGAGAAUGGGAUAAAUAUAGACACCCAGGUGUUUGUUCUUGAGGCGGUCACACAUUCCUCACGCCCUUUGCGACUGAACGAAUUGGCAAGCUUAAUGAAAUCCGUUCUAGUCGCUACUUGCUGCGCGCCUCUGAUAGAAGUUUUUGAAGAUGAAACGCUACAAGUAAUUCAUCAUUCAUUCACUGAAUUCUUGCGUGGCGAAAUGCGCAACCUACAAAAUGUUGACGCGACAAUUGCUUUCCCAAUAAUUGAAUCUGGAAAAGCGCAUAAGCAUAUGUCUAUGAAUUGCGAGCAAUCCGACAACAUGACUACGGAGUCAUCAGUCACCUAUCAGAAGCCCCGGCACCUGAUUGAUCCAGACGAAGAACACCAUAAACGUUCCCACCUAGGCUUAAAAGAGGAAAAAGACCUCUUUAAUUACAGGAAGGCUCGCUUGCGACAUCCGUUUUUAAGUUAUGCCGUGGAGAACUGGUCAUAUCAUGCCGGUCUUUACGGCGAUGUGGAAGAUGAGGAGCUGUUCAGCACCGUCUUAGGUUUUCUCAGUCCAGAUGAUAUAGCUUUCAGAAGGUGGCUCGUUCUUCAAUGGGGAUCGACGUUGAAGAGACUUCACAUCGCUGCUUUCUUGGGCCUAUCUUAUCUCGCCCUCAAGUUAAUAAAGGAAGGCCUACAAGUGUCCACAGUGGAUGCUCAAGAACGCACCCCACUUGUAUCAUUGCUGAUCCAGCAUGGAAGUGUUCCGAAUGCUGAAGAUGGACGUGGCCUGAAGCCAAUCCAUCUCGCCGUAAAACACGCCUCAGUAGUGAAAGUAUUGCUCGAAGCUGGCGUGGAACCCGACACGAUCAAAACGAAGGAAAACCAUGCAGGACUCCUCCUAGGAGGGGAGAAGAUCACAAAGGGAGAGUGCGCAAUCCUCUACGCCAGCCAAGGUGGAUACUCAGAGACUAUCAUAACGAUGAUCCCUUUUUGCAAGCCGGAAACUCGAACGGAGUCUGUCUUGACUAUACUGGAAACUACGGAUGUCUCGGCAAACGCGACUACAGCCAACGUGAAAUGCGUCCAAGCCCUCAUAAGCCGAGGGGCAGAUGUAACUCAAACAUCAAAAUGGGCCCCUCGACACACCUCGUGGCGCGACGAUAAUGAUCCGUCGUGCCGGGCUAUCCUAAGAAUCGAGAAUAAUACCGCUCUGCUCAUUGCUGCUGGUGCCCCACUAAGAAACAGUCGAGCCUCACCUCGCGUAUCUGCUCUGAAAGCCUUGCUAGAAGCAGGAGCAGACCUGAAUAAGACCCAUGUUCAUGGAGAUACUCCUAUGAAUUUGGUUUUGCGCCUGGAUCAGGCUGGGGGCGACCCAAAUAAAAAAGGGCAUUAUGGCGAAACAGUCCUACACUGGACCGAGAACACAGAAUCUAUUGACGACCAUGGAUCUACGCCCGUCUUCCAAAUACUACUCGCAAGAUGCAACGACGACGCUGUUAAAAAGCGAUGUUGGUUCGGAUUAUCCUCCCAGUCCGGCAUUGAGAGGUUCACGAAAUACCUCGAGUUAAAUGCAACAAAUGACCACGACGCGAAAACUGACGUAGUCGACAAUUUUGUUUUGUGUCCGCAGGAUAGACUAGAAAAACGUAUUGCUACCGACGGAGUAGAUCCACUCAGUACCAACCAUGCGGGGGAUACUCUCCUCCAUCAUGCAGCCGACUUAUUACGCUGGAUUAUUGGUGGUACUACAGCUUUGCACGUAUACCAAAAGAAACUCGCCUACGGCAGUACUAUCCACAGCAAGGAGCGCAUCGAUUUCAUCGACGUAAUCAACAAUCGGGGCCAGGUCGAUUUCGAAAUAAGGGACAAUGAUGGCUUGACCGCUUUACAUCUAGCGUCUAUGAGGUCCGAGAAAAACUUGAGCUUGCUGAUCGAUGCUGGAGCCGACUUGACCCGGAUGCCGAGUAUUGUCUGCCAAAUACUACAGCUGAAAACCAUUGACUUUAAUAAGAAGGACGGCUUCGGAGAACCGGAGUCCGUGGCUUUUCUAUUGAGGUACGGCGCCGAUAUCCGGGCGUCCACAUUAGAGCAAAACAUCUGGGACGCAUAUGAUCAGCGGUAUGAAUGGCUACGCAGCCCAGCCAGAGAUGUCUUUCGGCCACAAUCUUCCAGUCCCAAAACCCGGCCUUGCUCUCGUGCUAUUGGGACGAUCGUGAAAAUGCUUCUGGAUGCCAACGCCGAUAUUGCCGCGGUCGAUAAAUCUAAAUUGACAGCGUUAGAUGCCGCCCUUUUAGCUGGCUGUGCGGAGUUUGUUGAGGUGUUUGCCAAGGAUGAGGCACUUUUCGAAAAAGCAACGAAAGCUUUAGAUAACGACGAGGGCACUGCGAAACGAGCAGAAGGAAUUCGACGGAACAUGAGAGCCCAUAUGGAGUUAUUACGACCAAGAUCUGCUCUGGCUAACCUACAUGAGAACAAACUUGUCCUUGACGAAGUUAUUAGGUCUCCUUUCACAUACUUAGGGCUUCUAACGGAUGAGGAUGCUGCACAGUUAAUUAAUACCGGCUUUGAAACCAACCAGCUUGAAUCCUCUUACAACCAGCUUCUGAGGGAACUUAUGAAGCCCGGCCAUACGGAAGUUGCCGAACAGGUAUCUCGAGUGAUAUUGCAUUACAGUUCUUAUACGGCUCUUCGAGAGAGAAUCGAGAUAGAUCGAAAAGUUCAGGGAUUCUACUAUGAUUCCCAGGUCAGAACUGCCCUGCAAUUAGCAUGUCAGCAGUCUAAAUCGAAUAUGUUGACGUUACAAUUCCUGAUAGGAAAGCUACGUGUUAAUGUCAAUGCGCAAGGUGCACGCAUUAGUGCCGACUGCCAGGACCGUACGCAUAACAGAGAUAUAAUUCCUACUGGGACUGCGCUUCAUAUACUUGCAUCGGCGGAUCAUAGUUGGCAGUUGGAGGGUAUGAGAUAUCUUCUUUCCCAUGGAGCUGAUGUGAACGCUCUAGACGAGGAAGAGAGAUCUGCUUUGCACAUCGCCGCCUGCGGUAAGAAGUACAAAAAUGAUAAUGUCCAAGGUUUUUGGAGACUUGAUAUGGUACGGAUUCUUUUGGAUUAUGGGGCUAAUCCAAAUAUCCUCGAUAAGACGGGGCUUUCACCUCUCCACAAGGCCUCUGCCGCUCCGGACAUUAUGAAAGAUUUGCUUCGCAGAGGUGCAGAUCCGGCCAUCGGAAAUCGAAAUCCUAUGUUUUUAGCAAUAUAUGACCAGAAUCUCUCGGCAUUGGAGACACUUCUAGACCAUGGACUCAGCGUGGAUUUGCUCGAUGAAAAAUACCCCAGCCGAAUGGUGGAUUACAAAUUGACAGAGCCUCGAAAAGUAUAUGCGCUGCUAUGUGCGGCUUUUGCCGAACAGUUGAACACAAGCGUCGAAAACUCGGUACCGCUACUCCAGGCUCUCGUACAGCGGGGUGCUAAUUUAUAUCUGCCACUAAACGACAACGAAACUCUGCUUCAUUUUCUCUUCGAAUUCCCAGAGUACGAAGUCCUGAAUGCACUCCUACGGGAGCCAUGCGUGUCCCGAAUCGAUUUCAACUACCGUGAUCAGCGUGGCCGGACGGUCCUGAUAGCUUCGUGCGACUGGCGUGAAGUUUUGCCAGGAUAUUCGUAUCGUCACUGGGACCCAAAAACACCAGGGCCCCCGCUGCGGAUAUUGGAUCGUGGGGCUGAUGCGACGCUGGCGGAUAACGAAGGAAAGACGGCGCUGCAUCAUCUCUUAGAGAACCCAGGAAUUCCUGAUGACGUUAUUAUUCAAUUCAUCAAUCGUGAGGAAGUUGCUCCUACCUUAUUUCUGAAAGACAUCCAUGGAUUUUCGCCGUUUCACUACGCUUUGCGUAUCCUACGACCUAAGGUUUGCGAGUUGUUGCUCUCGAAAGGCGCCAGUAUGGACCCUGACCCGAACGGUUUCACAGUGCUUCAUAAUAUAGCUUCCCAAUGUCUGAAAACGCGUCGCAAACCACCCGGCUCCGGACAUAUAGACAUAGAGCUACCUGAAGACUAUUUUGACCAAUGCUUAGCUCUUUGGCAAAGGUUCAUAGCGGCAGGAUUCUCUAUCAACAUAGCCGAUAACGCCGGCAACACUCCCCUUUUUACGUAUCUAUUAUCCGAGGAUAAAGACCAGCGCAUGGAGCAUUCUAGAGAAUGUCAUCUUCAUCACUACGACAAGCUUUUUCCGCCCAAUAGCCGCGUUGAUAUAUUCGCUGUGAAUGAAGAGGUCGAGACGGCGUUACAUGUGAUUGCUAGGAGAGAAAAGACAUAUUAUACGAGAGAGGGACAUGAUAAGGCAAUGUUUGAAGCUUUCAUGGCUAAAGGGCUAGAUCCAUUGAAGGAGGAUGCUAAGGGGAGAAGCGCAUUGGAUGCUGCUAGCGCCUUUGAGAAGAAUGAUAUCAUCGCGAUCUUCGGAAGGAAGUAG